AUGGGGGGUCUGGGUAAGACUACAGUAGCUCAAAUGGUCUAUAAAGAUGACUCCAUGGUGAGAAACUUUGAGCCAAGAGCUUGGGUUUGUGUCUCUGAUCCUUUUGAUAUCUUUAAGAUUUUAAGAGAUAUCAUCGAGUCCAUCACUGGACGAAAAUGUGAGGAUCCAUCCAAUGUCGACGUAUUGGCAAAACAAGUCAAGGAAAAUUUGCUUGGUAAGAAAUAUUUUCUAGUGCUCGACGACGUGUGGAAUGAGGAUGUCGGAGAUUGGGAUAAACUGAAAAGUUAUCUUGUUUGUGGCGGCUUGGGCAGCAAAAUAUUAGUCACUACACGAAGCCAGAAUGUUGCAUCCGCUGCUGGGGGUACAGAUUACUCUUUGAACAAAUUACCGGAUGAUGUUUGUUGGUCCAUUAUCAAGAAGAAAGUAUUGUCCCAAGGUGGAGCAGUGCUGACAAAGAAAAUGACAGAUAUUGGAACUGAGAUAGCAAGGAAAUGUGAUGGCUUACCCCUUGUGGCGAAUUCACUUGGAAGUUUAUUGCGUUCAAGAAGAGACGAAAGCUAUUGGCAGUCAAUCGUAGACGACAUCACUGAUCGUAUGCGAGGUACACCUGAACAUGAAAAAGUCAUUUCAAUAUUAAAACUGAGCUAUGAUAAUUUAUCGCCUCCUUUGAAGCAAUGUUUUUCAUACUGCUGUAUUUUCCCGAAAGAUUGGAAAAUAAAAAGAGAAAUGUUAAUUCGAUUAUGGAUGGCAGAAGGAUUCCUUUCGCCAUCUAGCAGAGGAGAAAGUAUAUCUCUUGAAGAUAUUGGUAAUGAAUAUUUUGAGUAUUUGGUGUGGAGUUCGUUCUUCCAGGAUGUGCAGAAGGAUCAAGAGUCGGGUGACAUUUGGGGAUGUAAGAUGCAUGAUUUGGUGCAUGAUCUUGCAACGAAUGUUCUAGAUCGUAAUGAAUUUAGAAUUGCCAAGGUAAGAGAUGAGAAGGAAGAUGUUUCAGAAGUUCGACGCUUACAACUGCUAAUUGAUAGAGGACAAAGUUUGGCAUCUCCUACAGUAUUAUCAAAUGCUGUGAAACUGCGUACAAUUGUUGCUCUUCAACCAAAGAAUAUUUCGCAUGUCAGUUCUUUAUUUCAUUCUAGGCGUUUACGCGUACUAUGUCCUCUCGAUGGCUGGGAUAGGGGCUGGCGUGGAUGCUCACUCUCUUCUAGGAGCAUGUCUGCUUCAUCGAUUUCUAAGCUGAAGCAUCUGAGGUACCUUGACCUCUCAGACAUGGAUUUAUCUCCUGAGGUAUCUUUAAAUCAUUCUUACAAUCUGCAAAUACUCAUAUUUCGUGGAUGCAAAAACGUUCCUAGCUGUCUUCUAAAUAAGAUUGGAUCUUUGAAGAGUUUGAGGCAUCUUGAUAUCUCGUUUUCGGAUAUUAAAUCUAUACCAGAAAAUAUUGGGUCCUUGGAACAUCUAUGUUUCCUUGAUAUUUGUGAUACACCAAUUUCAAAGUUACCGGAUUCAAUCACUUGCAUCACUAGUUUAAGGACGUUGAAGUUUAAUGAUUGUAAGAACUUAGAUGCCUUACCAAGUGAGCUAGGAGCACUGACACGAUUGAGGUGUCUUGAUUUGGAAUAUACUGGAAUCAAAGAAUUGCCUGAAUCAUGCAUUAGCAACCUCUGCAAUUUGGAGAUUGUGAAAUUAGGAGAGUACUGUAAGCUUCCAAAGGAAAUUAAGAAUUGGCCGAAAUUAAGAAUUUUUACUCAUGAGAGAUUUGAUGAUGUAAUGCCUAUAGGUAUAGAAAGGCUUACCUGCCUUGAAACAUUAGAGUCUUACAUGGUUAGACAAGAAACAGAGGUAUGUGGAAGUCCCGGUAAUAAGAGUUACGGUGGCAUUGAAGAGUUAGCAGGCUUAAACUCCCUUGAGGUAUUGAAGAUCAUAAAACUUGAAAAUGUGAGAGGUGGAACAGAAGAUGCAGAAACAGUAAAGUUAAAGGACAAGCAACAUCUUCGAAAAUUAUAUCUGGAAUGGGGUUCCACUGGUGGUGCUGAUGACCAUGUACCGAGUAGUAGAAGUGUAGAUGAUACUGCGGUGUUGGAGGGUCUCCAGCCUCACUCAAAUUUGGAACAAUUGGUAAUAGAGGGAUUCUCAGGUUCCAAAGUGGAUGAUGGGGUGUUCAUUAUCCAGCUCUUUGCAUGCUCCUUUUCUUUUUUUGACAAUACAGUGAAAUUUUAUGGAUAA